AAAAUCAAACAUGGCGCGCGUUACCAAGAUUCCGCAAGUGUUCAAUUUCUUAUUUUUUACAUUAAUUUUUAUUAGUUGUUCUACGAAAUUAGCUAGUGCGAACAUCGAAUUAGAUGAAGACAACUGGACCAAAAUCCUCGAUGGCGAAUGGAUGGUUGAAUUCUACGCACCAUGGUGUCCGGCCUGCAACGCGCUCUCACCGGCCUGGAGGGAGCUCUCCCAGCGGUCGAAAGCCCGCAGGAUGCCCCUCAAGACGGCAGCGGUGGAUGUCACUAAGUCACCGGGGCUGAGCGGACGGUUCAUGGUCACGGCUCUGCCUACUAUAUUCCACGUCAAAGACAGCGAGUUCCGUCAAUACAAGGGUCCUCGCGACGUUGACUCCAUGCUGGAGUAUGUUGAACGGUCUCGGUGGAAGCAGACGGAGGCCGUACCAUCGUGGAAGGCCCCGCACUCUAUCCAGAUGGGACUGGUCGCUCAGUUCUUCAAACUCAGCCAGGCUUUACGAAGCGUACACAACAUGCUAAUGGAGACAUACGGGCUGCCCACCUGGGGUUCCUACCUGCUGUUCGCUCUAGCGACCAUCUUCAUGGGAGCACUGCUCGGCUUGAUGCUAGUCUGUGCGAUCGACAUGCUGUACCCACCGAGAAAAGUCCAAGUGAGCAAGGAGGAAGCUAAACUACGCGGCAAGGAUGAUGAGGAAUUAAUAAACGACGAUAUCGUUGACGACGCGGCCAGCAGCGAUGCUGAGAAGCACUCUCCAAGUGAUACAUCAGAAGAUGAUAAGGAGAAGGAAUCCGGAGACAAGCCGAAAGCCGAGAAGACAGAAGUACGCAAGAGGCGGCCCCGGAAGGAUGAUUAAAUACCUCUCUCUUGUGUGUCGGUUAAAAUGUUUGACCAAACAUAACUUCUCAAUACUAAAACGUUUCUUAAAUUAAGUAUUACUAAACUCGCUGAGUGUCCCUGCAUGUCAUAAUAGUAUUACUGAACCGAUUUUGAUGAAACUUGCAGUAUUCCCUAAGUUGAACAAUA